AUGUUACUGGAAUGCUUCAAUGUUGUAUUGUCAACAGAUGGAAGCAGCAACGCCAUCUGCAAUAUGUGCAUAAAAAGUUUAAGGAGCUCACUGUGCUUUAAGCAGCAAGUGUUAAAAGCAGAUAUGGACUUCAUCAAAUGGAUGAGGGAGAAGAGUAAAAACGAGGGCGCGCAAGUCAAGACUGAUCUUGAAGCAGACACUGAACGCGCCGUGUCCGGAAAUUUAAACACGCGUGCAGCGGUUGGUGUUGCCAAGGCAUUGAUAAAAUCUCCACCUAAGCGAAGAGCGAAGAAGAGGACGAAGGUGGAAGAUGAAGCCGCGAACGUAUCUAUUGCGACGAGAGUGGAUAAAGAAGAGGAUACGGGAAGCACCUUAAUCGUCGAAACAGUUAGGGAGGCCACGCAGAAGAAUGCAGAGCCUAGCACAGAGUGCGACUCACCGAAGCGCAGAGUGAAGAAGCAGAGAAAAGAAGAAGAUGACAAGAGUCCCAUUAAUCCCGGCGCUGACAAGGCUGUCGCGGCGAAGCGCUGCCCCCGCGCCGGCGGCGACAAGCCCGUCGCGGCGAAGAGCUGCCCCCGCGCCGGCGGCGACAAGCCCGUCGCGGCGAAGAGCUGCCCCCGCGCCGGCGACAAGCUCAAGCACCGCCAGAACCUGCUCACCAUCCUGCGCCACUCUAACGCCACGCCGUUUAAGGACAAGUCGCUGCUGGGCUUCGUGUGCGGCUACUGCGACUCCACCCACCCAGACCCCGAGGACCUGAGGGUGCACACCGCCCAGCGGCACCAGCUCGAGCGGCUCGCCUUCAAGUCCAGCUUCGACAUGGCCGAGUACAGCGUCAAGCUGGACGUGACGGGCUUAGCGUGCGCGCUGUGCCAAUCGCCUAUGCCCAGCCUGGCCACGUUCAAGCGCCAUCUAGUGGCUGCCCACGGAUUGACAAUCCACGAGGACAUCAAGGACCACGUGCUGGAGUUCCGUCUGAGCGCCGGCGAUGUGCACCGUUGCGCCCUCUGCCCCUCCGCCUUCGAGACCUUCAAGACCCUCAAGCAGCACAUGAACCGCCACUACGGCAACUACCCCUGCAACGCCUGCCACGCGGCCUUUGCCACGAUGCGCUCUUUAAGCGCGCACCGCUCCACCCACCUGCGUGGCAGCUUCGCGUGCAACCAGUGCCCGAAGAUAUUCGCCAGCGGGCAAAAGCUGCGCUGCCACCAGCGCUGCCAGCACGCGGCGGCCAAGAGGGUGGCCAACUGCCCGCACUGCGACGCCCCCUUCCGGAGCUACUACCAGCGCAACCGGCACCUGGUGCGGGCGCACGACGCCGCCGCGACGUACCGCUGCAACGCGUGCGACAAGGCGUACAUCCUCAAGUCGCUGCUCGUCGCGCACGUGAAGCGCUGCCACCUGCUCGAGAGGGACGCCCAGUGCGCGGUGUGCGGCCGCCGCUUCUUCAGCGCCAAAGCGCUGCGCGCGCACAUGGUGCGCCACGGCGGCGAGAGGCGGUUCGGGUGCGCCGUGUGCGGGAAGGCGUACGCGCGCAAGUACACGCUGCGCGAGCACACGCGCAUACACGAGGGCGACAAGCGCUUCAAGUGCCCGACGUGCGGCGCGGCGUUCGUGCAGAAGUGCAGCCUGAGGAGCCACCUGCUGUCCAACCACGGCGUGAGCGUGGCCGCGAGCGACAUCAGCGCU